AUAUAUGUAUACAGAAAUCUUAUAAAACGCUUUACAAAGAUCUUCGUUGUUCAAUAAGCCUUCAAACGUCGUUAAAUGAACGUCGAUCGUAAAAACGCUCUUCCUGAAUUUUACUUUCAAAGAAAUAUAUCUUCGUUUAGAUGAGAAUUCUUUUAAGAUAUCCUUUCUAAAAAUAAAGAAAACAAAAGAAAUAUAUACAAAAAAAUAAAAGAAUAAAAAAAAAUAAGAAAAAAAUAUUCCAUCAUGUUUGGGUAUUUCAUUGAUAUAAAUCAGCUCUUUGUUACUAUAUUACUUUUAUCAUUACUUACGAUAUAUUCAUACGUAAAGUAUAAAUUGUCUUAUUGGAAUAAACGUGGAGUGAAAUAUCCACCGAUUCAUUGGAUUUUUGGUAAUUUCAAAGAUACCGUGAUGUUUAAAAAACCACCAGGAGUGGUACUCCAAGAUAUCUAUAAUUUUGCCGAUCGAGACGAUCCGUACAUCGGUUUUUAUAUUUUUCAUAAACCGGCUAUAAUGCUUAGAGACAUGACUCUGAUAAAACAAAUUAUGAUAAAAGAUUUUGACGUGUUUUCCGAUCGAAUGUUCGGCGGGAAUAACGAAAAGGAUUCGGUUGGUUUGAUCAAUCUUCUUAGCAUUAAUCAACCAAGAUGGAAGUAUCUGAGAAGUAAGAUGACGCCUAGUUUAACGGGACAGAAGUUAAAGAAAAUGAUCCCAUUGAUGUUAGAAUGUUGCAAUCCAAUGUUGAAAUAUAUCGAUGAUAAACCAGCAAAUACUGAUGGUUGGAAAGAGUUAGACUUGAAGACUUUGAGCUCGAGAUAUUCUACCGAUGUUAUCUCAUCGUUGGCUUUCGGUAUAAAGACUAAUUCGUUCGACGAAAAUGACACUGCAUUUUGGGAAGCAGGACAGAAGAUAUUGAGUGGACCAAAACGAGGUAUUAUCCUCUUGAUUCUUUUCUUUUUACCAGAACUUAGUCCUUUCAUCGAACCGCUUACCAAAGCGCCAGCUAAAUUUUUUCGUCGUGUAUUUUGGGAGUCGAUGAACAAUCGAGAAAAAGUUAGAAGUAAGAGAGGAGAUCUAAUAGAUUCUUUAUUAGCUUUGAAGAACGGAGAACAGAUGUCUAACUUCAUGUUCGAAGGUGAUAAUUUGUUGGCCCAAGCGGUUGCCUUCUACGUCGCUGGCUUUGAAGCAUCAUCGACGGCUAUUGCAUUUAUUCUAUACGAGUUAGCCUCUCAUCCAGAAUACGAGGAACGUUUGUACAAUGAGAUAAAAAGUGUCGUUGAGAAGAAUGAACUUACGAUGGAGUCCAUAAACGAGAUGACCUUCUUAGACGCUGUAUUAGAAGAAACUUUGAGACUUUAUCCCCCUUUGCCAGUAGUCGAUAGAAUUGCCUUGAGAAAUUAUAAGUUGCCUGGGACGGAUUUGAUCAUAAAAAAAGGUACACCCGUUUAUAUUUCUGUUAAUGGCACUAACAGAGACAAUAGGUACUUUUCUGAUCCAAUUAAGUUCAAUCCUCUGAGAAAGAAGAACGAAGAAUACAAUUUUACAGGUUGUCUUGCUUUUGGUAUUGGGCCAAGAUCAUGCAUUGGUCAGAGACUAGGAAUUUUGAUAGUAAAGAUAGCUGUGAUCACAUUGGUCAUGCAUUAUAAAAUGUCUUUCAAGAUGGACAAAGCAAAUAUAUUAAAUCCCUUAACUAUAUUCACGAAUGCGGCGGAUGGAGUACACGUGCAUUUAAAAAGACGUACGAAUAAAGAGAGUUAACAUGAUCUCUUUAUAAAUCUGUAUUUUCCUCUUCAAAUAAUUCUCUUGAAAAUCGUUGACAAGAAAGAUAUACGAUAAUGUAUAUACUACAAUAGAACGCGAUUCUCUUUCUUUCUAGAUCGGAGUGUAUAUAUUGUAUGUUAUUAUUAAAAUAGCGAGAUACAAGAUUCGACGAUACGAAAAAAGAUAUUUAUCGAUAAAAUUGUUAUUCUCGUGAUAAAACCGAUUCUUUAAUUUGCGUUAUUUACUUAGAUAUGAUAGUUAGCAUUUAAGCGAUUUAUUUUAUCUAAAGAUCGACGGAUCGAUCGAUAUCUCUUUUUUAAUUAUUAUCGGCAUAUAUAUGUAGCAUAUUGGUAUUUAAACGACAUAUAUAUUUUUAUAAAUAUACUAUAACAGAACAUUACAAAACAACAAGCGUCAUGACAGCGUUCGUCUCGCUAUUGACUCGAUCGUAGUGUACACUAAUAACAAUAUAUAUAUAUAACAUAA